AUGGUGCGCCUCUUGCAGUUGCUAGCCUUCGCUUGGCUGGCGGAUGGGGUUGCGGUCGGUUGCCUCGCUGGACGCGAUGACGCUGCUGUAUCUAUGGUGCAGCGGGCCGCCUCGCAUGUGCGAAAGGGCGCAGCUCAGCCAUCGAAGCCCUGGGAAAGAUUCCACUACCUGGCGGUGACCUACCACAAGUCGGGGGUGUACCUGAUGGUCACACUGUGGGAGAAGAUCUUCAAUGCAUUGGGGACAACCUUGGAGGACACCGGAAUGUGGCGGACACCCCCUUGCUACACGCUUGAGAUGUGCUGGCAUCCCACAGCUCCGGUCCGCUGCUGGAUUGACAUGUUCUCCCCGGACCUCCGAGAUAAGGAGGAGGCGGCGACAGGGCCCGUUCUGAUUGCCGGCACCGUCCGAGAUCCCCUGGAAAUGGUGGUGUCCGCCUACUGCUACCACCACCGGGGGAAGGAG